AUGGCGCACACCUCACUCGUCUUCUUCUCUGCUCUCCCCCCUCCCUGGCAGCACGUCCACGUGGACAUGCCGUCGGCUCCUCGCCGCGGCGCGGGCCCCGCUGGUGUCCGUUCCGCCGGCGCCGGCGGGAAGGCUCCGGUCGUGAUGAGCAAUCCUUGUGAGUGCAGCAGGAGAAGGGCCAAGUUCAUCAUGCAGAUGCGUGGUAACUUUAAACACAGCAUGGUCAUACCGGAGCGUCUUGUUGACCAUUUCGGAGGAAAGAUCUCUGGGACCAUCCAACUAGAAGCCCCUAACGGACAGAUGUAUGUCGUUGGAGUUGCCAAGAAGAUGAACAGAUCGGUUCUGCAGUCUGGAUGGGAGGCGUUUGUUCAUGCAAAUCAGAUACAAGACAACUCCUAUUUGAUGUUUCGUAACCUUGGAAUCUCCUGCUUCAAGGUCACCAUCUUUGAUUCCAAUGGCGAGGAGAGGAUCUCAUGUCGUGCCGGGGCGAAAAUUUCUACUCAUGUUGAAAAAGCGAGCACAUAUCGUGCUGAUAUUUCGAGCAGUUCCUUUGAUGGCGCUUCAGAUUCAGAAGCAGAAGAUAGUCUGUCCGAAGGCGAGUCUAUGGAGUCAGAUGAUCUUCAGGGGCUCUCAAAGGAUUAUGUCUUAGCAGGGCGGUGCCAUCUUACAGAAGAACAGGAGGAUGAAAUCAAGGGGUUUGUCGCGAAAAUUCAACCUGAAACCCCUGUGCUUGUGGUGAUGAUGAAGAAGACCAAUGUGAACCACUAUCCUAAUCUGGUAAUAUCUAAGGAUUACGCACAUGCAUACUUUCCACACAAAACUCAAUUUGUCACACUCAAACUGCCUGGGAAGAGCAAGGCUUGGCCAUGCAAAUUCCGCAUCAGACCUGAUGGAAGGGGACGCAACCUUUCUUUGCGUGAAUUUGUCCAUGACAAUCGUGUUAAGAAGGGCGAUCUCUGCCUCUUUCAACCAAUGACAGAGGUUCAGUCAACAAGGUUCACCUUUAUGGUCCAUUUGCUUCGCAAAGUUGGAAGAACUGAUAUAUGUUCAAACCAAGGAGAAGACAGUCCAUCUGAAUAUGAAUCUAUCCAGUCAGAUCAUCAGGAAACUUCCUCCGAGGUUCGCUAUAUAUUGUCAAGAAGGUGCCGACUUGAUGAAGAAGACGAGGUAGGAAUUGAUGCUCUUAUUGCUGAAAUUCAGCCUGAAAUUCCGUUGCUAGUGGUUCAAAUAAUGAAGAGCAAUGUCAGUGGACCACAACCCGCUCUGGUCAUCCCGAAGCGUUAUGCAGCUGCGCAUUUUCCCACUGAAAGCCAAAACAUCGUACUUACCCUCCCAGGAGUGAAGAAGAAGUGGCAUCCCCUUUUUCACGUCAGACGGGGCAACAUUGGGUACGUCCUCUACGGGCGGUGGUUAGAGUUCGUCCGCGACAACCGUCUACGCGAGGGGGACAUCUGCCUGCUCCAACCGAUUAACAGGGGUGAGGGGAGAAGGUUCAUGCUGACGGUCCAUCUGCUUCCCAAAGCAAGACGCGCCGGCAAAUCCAAGGGUGGAGACGUCGUUCGUGGCUCGAAAAUUGGCGGAACAAGCACGAAAGCCGCCUCGACGGCAUGUGUCAAGGAUGAACCAGUCGACGGAGCAUCAGAUGGUUGUGACAGAGCAGGAUAUGUGGUGCUAGGCUGCAGCGCCCGUUUAACCCAGGAGCAGGAGAAGGUGGUUGCAGAGAAGGUGAAGGCCGUCCGAUCUCGAGCGCCUAUUUAUGUCGCAGCCAUGGACAAGAGCAAUCUGAGCUCUGCGCUAGACUUGCGCACCACGGGACAUGCUGCUGCCGACGGACACCUCCUCCCAGACGGGAAGCAGACGCUGACACUCCGUGAGGCCGGGUGGAGCAAGGCAUGGCGCGUGGAGAUGCGGCACAGGCGGAUGGUCCCGGCGGGAGGGUGGCGCGAGUUCGCCGCCGACAACCGCCUGCAGGCCGGAGACCUCUGCCUGCUGGAGCCGGUGGCGGACAAGAGGCUUGCCAUGGCGGUCCACAUCAUACGCCGCGAGCAGUGCCGCUAGCUCUGGUCGCAGGUGCUGCAGGCUGGUGACCUGAUGGUCUUGUGAUUUUUGACGCUCCAUAAGAAGUGAUCAAGUGAGCACUCCCGUUAGUACAAAGUUGGGUCAUCUAUUUUGGAACGGAGGGAGUAAGUGAUGAGAUGGGAGAGCGUUUAUUUUCUCAAGGAUUAAGAGCUUGGUUGCCCCUCAAUCUCAAGAGAGGAACGAGGGGAGAGGACGGAGAGAAGGUGUA